GUGUAAAAUAUCUUCGAAUUAGAAUUAAACCCUAAUUAAAAAUGUCAAAUUAUUGGUCAUACAUUUUGAACGUGAAGGUCAAAAUCUUUCUACGCAGAUAAGGCAUACAAAUUAAAUCAAAUUAUUUAAGAACAGUUUCUAUAAGUAACGCAAGGGUUGUUUCAAGUUUCAAUUUUUAUGGAAUUCUUUAGUAUAAAAAAUGAGCAAGAGUUGAGAGUUGAGAGUUGAGUGUUGAGUGUUGAAUAUUGACUAACGAGUAACGUGUUUUCUUCCGGGUUUGCAGAACUUGCACUGCAUUGGUUGUGUCUGAUUUUCACAGAAAGCGAGCAUUUUUCAACCUCCAUCAACAAUGGAAGGUGGUCAACAGAGUGCAGACAAGACGGAGUUCACAGAAUGCUGGCGGAGAUCCAUUCAAUCACCAUAUAUUAUGCGCCUCGCUCUUUCUGCUGGCAUUGGAGGCCUUCUCUUUGGUUAUGAUACAGGUGUUAUUUCUGGCGCUUUGUUGUAUAUCCGUGAUGAUUUUGAACAAGUUGAUAAGAAAACAUGGCUCCAGGAAACUAUUGUGAGCAUGGCUGUUGCAGGAGCUAUAAUUGGUGCAGCAUUUGGGGGGUGGAUGAAUGACAAGCUAGGCAGAAAGAAGACACUUUUAAUGGCUGAUGUCGUGUUCUUUCUGGGUGCAAUAGUUAUGGCUGCAGCUCCAGCUCCAUGGGUUAUCUUAAUUGGGAGGAUUUUGGUUGGUUUGGGAGUUGGCAUGGCAUCCAUGACAGCUCCUCUGUACAUAUCUGAGGCCUCCCCUGCUAAGAUCAGAGGAGCAUUAGUCAGCAUCAAUUCUUUCUUAGUCACUGGUGGCCAAUUCCUCUCUUACCUUAUCAACUUGGCAUUUACCAGGGCUCCUGGAACAUGGCGUUGGAUGCUCGGUGUAGCAGGCGUUCCUGCUUUGGUUCAGUUCAUAUUGAUGUUAUCCCUCCCUGAGUCACCUAGAUGGCUGUAUAGGCAGAGUAAGGAAGACGAGGCAAAGCAGAUUCUGUCGAAGAUUCUUCUCGCCAACGAAGUUGAAGAGGAGAUCAAGUUGAUGCGUGAAUCCAUCGAAACAGAGAAGGCAGAGGAAGGCUUGAUUGGGCAAAACCUAGGACAGAAACUCAAGGGUGCAUUGGCUAAUGAAGUUAUCCGAAGAGCACUCUACGCAGGCAUCAUAGUGCAAGUUACUCAGCAGUUUGUUGGCAUUAACACUGUCAUGUAUUACAGCCCUACCAUUGUUCAAUUCGCUGGAAUAGCCUCGAAUUCUACAGCUCUUGCGCUUUCUCUGGUUACUUCUGGUCUGAAUGCGUUUGGCUCCAUCUUGAGUAUGCUCUUCGUUGAUAGAUUCGGAAGGAGAAAGUUGAUGCUAGUCUCCAUGAUUGGCAUUAUAGUUUGCCUCGUAGCGUUGAGUGUUAUAUUCAACCUCGCAGCUCACCACUCUCCUACCAUUAGUAACAAGGAUACCCUCAGCUUCGGUGCAAACUCUACAUGCCAGGCUUACACAAAGACUCCGAAUUUCUCCUCAUGGAACUGCAUGCAGUGUUUGCAAGCAGAAUGUGCAUUUUGUAGCAGCAGUAGUGGUGAAUUUCAUCCUGGAGCAUGUUUGGCAUCAUCAAAGAGUGUCAGGGGCGUGUGCCAUGAGCAUCAUCGAGUAUGGUUUUCGCAGGGCUGUCCAAGCAGAAUCGGGAUCCUUGCAGUCGGACUCCUCGGAUUGUACAUAUUGGCAUACUCUCCAGGAAUGGGAACGGUGCCUUGGGUCCUGAACUCGGAGAUAUACCCAUUGAGAUUCAGAGGUCUGGGUGGAGGCAUAGCUGCAGUUUUCAACUGGUGCUCUAAUCUCAUUGUGAGUGAGUCAUUCUUGAGCAUGACAAAGGCAUUAGGCUCCUCUGGCACAUUCCUCCUCUUUGCUGGAUUCUCUUUUCUUGGGCUUUUGGCUAUCUAUAUGUUAGUCCCUGAGACCAAAGGGCUUCAGUUUGAGGAGGUUGAGAAGUUGCUUCAGAAAGGGUUCAGACCUUUCCCAUUUGACAAGAAAAAAGAGGAUAACAAGGAGAAAGAGCUAAAACAGCAAGGAGUAGUUUGAUGCUAAUAGCCACUUGUCUCCUUUGCUAAACAACAAAGAUAAUUGGUUGGCUUUCUUUAUCUUUGUGGAUGAAUUAGUUGGAGGUGAAAAAGCUGUUUAUAAAUGUCGUUGGGGAAUUAUCAAGUAUCCGUAAAUAAGAGGCUUAAUUUUCCCGCAAGGUCAUGGUUUAGACCUCAAUAUAAUACUUCUGUUGAAGAAAACUAUUAUUAUAAGUGUGUGGUAAUUUUAAGUGGACAAGAAACCAAGUAUAGUUUGUGAAUAAUCUUAUGAACAAUUUCAGUUUUUUUUUUUCUUUCUCUUCUCUUGGUGUCUUUUCCUUUUUCUUUUUGGUUGGUCUUGGAGUCACACCAUUGUAGAAACCAAGUUGAAAGUAACUUUGAGUAAGAUAUUGCAAGAUAUGGUGGAGUAAGCUCUAAGUAGUGUAGUUGACGAGAAACUCAACAACCCAAGCUUUGUUGAGUUCCGGUAAGUCCCAGGAAACUUCAAAUAUUUAGAUAAACCAAAGAAAUCUCAUUAUCACUAAAUAGCUUCACUUUCUGAUGAUGCAAGCAAUCAACCUAAUAAUAAUUUAUAUAAUAUUCAUACUUUUAAAGUGCAUGAACUAUACUGCAAACACCGACACUUGAUCAUUCAAAACUCUGGAUUUGAAAGUGCAACCCUCCAAACAAACAUCGUGACAAAACAUACCUGCUCUGCCAGCUAAUUGGUGAUUAUUAAAAGGGACAAUAAGAUUUGAAAAGUUAAUAGAAAAUAAAAAAACAAGAUGUGAGAUGCUGGAUGAGGAAACUUUGUACAACAAAAAAUGAUGUAAUCUUUGGUGGAAUUGACUGCAAGGUGGGGCUCUAGGUGCAACUUGGAAUCUCAUAUGGUAGAAUACAGCGGUAGUGCCGCUUCGUUCACAAGGACAAGCCACCCGAGGGACCUACAGCAUGAUCACCACCCAAAUUAUUCAUGAAAACACUAAUAAUCAUGCCCCACUCUCGUCCUUAAUCUUUCUUAACACCACCAAACAUUUAUCUUAAGUUGAAGAUCUUUGCGGUAAGAUAAGGUACGCAAUCUAAAUGGCCAUUCAGAAGGAGGAAAAGGAUAAAAGCUAACUCCAAUAUUACAAGGCCCAUCUUGACUGAAUCUAUCAGAUUCGCUCCUUUUAGGAAAUUGAUAAUCAAGUGUUUUAUAAGACUCUUGUCGUUUAUAGAAUAAUUCUUUUGAUUUUCUGUAGUAUACUGAUAAUUGUUUGAAUAAUCACCACACCAACUUGGACCUUGCAGACAAUUCUGAAUUCUCAACAAGUUUCUGGGUUACCCUGCCUAUGUCUUAAGAUAAGUACAUAUUCCGUAUUUUCACUCCCAACUUUCCAGCCAAUCAUAGUCCAAACCUUCAAGGCAAACAGCCAUGAAAUGAAUAAUUCCUGGGUAUAAAAAAGCUGAUACAUUUGUUGACUUCGGAUAUGUUUACUUGGGGGGUUAAAAUGAGUUGAAAAUUUUCCAUGGGUGAACGUCGUGUGUACUUUUUCACCUCAUUUUUACCCUAUAACUAAACAUACCUUACAGAAGAUUCUCUCGAAUACCAGCUUCAGUCGAGAGUUACAUCCAAAGUGUUAAACAGAUAGAGUUCAUCUAAUAGCCUAUAAAUUAGGCAAUGCAUUCAGCAACAUCCAAUAUAAGAAACUCAAGCUCUGUUUAGAGUUUAGACCAUAGGAGACUAUGGACACUAAUCACUAAACAUUCCAGAGGUAAUAGUGUAGUAAAAGGACCGUACUUCCACUAAAAGCAGGAAAAUUAACAUACAAUGAUACAAUCAGCAACCCUUUUCACAAAACAAGGGUCAUUAAAAACAAAGAAAAUUUAACAACCUAAUU